AGCUGUGAUUGGUCACAGCUUGUCACAUGGCCUUGUACCAUGUGAUCUCUGAUCAUUCACAGAUUUCACAUGUAAGCAAUGAUGUCAGAAGUGACAUGCUUACUACUCUGCAUGUGAUCACUGAUUGGCCAAUCAGUGAUCACAUGAUCGGGACCUCGCAGAGCGGUCCCGAACGACAAUCGGUGUUCCACUGUGUCCGGAGGACACAGAGGGCACCAGAUCGCGGUGCUGCAUGUAUCCAGAGAGCGCGUACCGUCCAGAAUGGUAGGCGCUGUUUUAUCAACUGCAAUCCGCCCCUGCCUGCCCGGCCGUCCUUUUACUAUAGGAUGGGCGGGAAGUGGUUA